AUGCUCGAUCAAAUCCCUUUCUCGACGUUUACAAAACUCUCAUACACUGUUCCUGAACCAGAAGAUCUACUUAUUUGUGGUUCGCUUGAAUCUUACGAUAAAGUCUACGAUAGAACAACGCCGAAGAACGAACGCCGAUUGGAGCGUUUCAAGAACAAGAAUUUCUUCAAAGUCACAACUACAGACGAUCCAGUGAUUCGAAGGCUCGCCAAUGAAGAUAAAGCGACUGUAUUCGCGACCGAUUCUAUUUUCUCCACUCUCAUGCGCGCGCCAAGGUCGGUUUACUCAUGGGAUAUCGUAAUCCAACGCGUUGGUAACAAACUGUUCUUCGAUAAACGAGAUGGAUCGCAGCUAGAUUUGCUAUCUGUUAACGAAACGUUACAGGAGCCAUUGCCUGAAGCCAAAGAUGAUAUCAAUUCUGCUCAUUCAUUAUCUGUAGAAGCCGCUUACAUAAAUCAAAACUUCUCACAGCACGUUCUACAGAGAGAUGGGAAAAGGUUACAUUUGAGGAGCCAAAUCCACUUGCAACCGAAGGAGAAGAAGUUGCCUCUGUUGGGUACAGGUGUAGACUGGAGGAGGAAGUUGGAUACUCAAAAGGGUGCAGUUUUAGCAACUGAACUCAAGAACAAUGCUAACAAGAUGCUAAAUGGACAGCUCUAG